CCAACAAUUCUUUUCAAUCGCAAAAAAUUCCCAAUUAUUACCAAACAACUGUAUUCUUGAUAAACCCAAAAAAUCGUUUUGCAGAAUCAGGCAAUUAGUGAAGCUAUUGAGAGUUAAUCCCUUUUCAAUUGAUCAUAGAUUUGAUAAAUUAUGUCUCUUCCUUCAAUUGAAUAUGCAUAUUUGACGGGUGAUUUUCUUCGCCAAUUGAAAGAUGGAGACCCUAAUUUGAAAUUGCCAAAUCCCGUUUCUGUUCUUCGCUUCGUUUUCGAGCUCGUGUCGUCUAUGGUAUAUGGUACUUUGCCGUUUCAGAAAUGUAAAGCGGCGUUGGAUGCGGUUGAGUUUUCUGAUGUUAUUUCAGAGGAAGAAUUAGGUUCUUAUUUCGCGGAUAUUGUUACACAACUGGCUCUUGAUCUUACCAUGUCCGGAGAAAUUCGUGCUCGCCUAAUCAAAUUGGCAAGGUGGCUCGUGGAGUGCUCACUAGUUCCAGUGAGGUUUUUUCAGGAGCGGUGUGAGGAAGAAUUCCUCUGGGAGUGUGAAAUGGUCAAGAUAAAGGCUCAAGAACUAAAAUCUAAAGAGGUUAGAGUAAAUACUCGUCUGUUAUAUCAGCAGACAAAGUUCAACCUCCUUCGAGAAGAGAGUGAGGGCUAUGCCAAGCUGGUAACCCUUCUUUGUGAGGGUUCAGGGGAUCCUAACUCAUCGUCCUCAAAGAUUGGCACUAUUAAGUCUUUGAUUGGUCACUUCGAUUUGGAUCCAAAUCGUGUUUUUGAUAUUGUCAUGGAGUGUUUUGAAUUACAGCCUGACAAUAAGCUUUUCUUGGAUCUCAUUCCAAUUUUCCCUAAGUCACAUGCUUCUCAAAUUUUAGGUUUCAAAUUUCAAUAUUACCAGCGUAUGGAAGUGCAAAAUCCUGUACCUUUUGGACUGUAUCGGCUUGCUGCUUUGCUUGUCAAAGAAGACCUUGUUGAUCUUGAUAGCAUAUAUGCACAUUUAAUUCCCAAGGAUGAGGAAGCAUUUGAAACUUUCAAUGCCAUUAGAACGAAGCGCCUUGAUGAGGCUAACAAGAUUGGAAAAAUAAAUCUAGCUGCAACGGGAAAGGAUCUUAUGGAUGAUGAAAAGCAAGGAGAUGUGACUGUAGAUCUGUAUGUCGCUUUAGAAAUGGAAAAUCAAGCUGUCAAUGAAUCUGUAUCAGAGCUCGAGGACUGCCAAACACUAGGCUUGCUUACUGGUUUCCUUCUUGUGGAUGAUUGGUAUCAUGCCAAUAUCUUGUUUGAGCGUCUCUCACCUCUUAAUCCAGUGGCAUAUGCUCAGAUUUGUGAUGAGCUGUUCAGGUUGAUUGGAAAAUCAAUUUCCUCAGCAUACGAUAUUGUCCACAAAAUGCAUCUUGAGAGCUUCAUGAAUGGUCCAAGACUGUUGGAGAAUGCAGAUUCUUCAAAAAGCUCUCUCAUUCUGCUACCUAAAGAGCUUUUUGAGAUGCUUACCUGUGCUGGACCUUAUCUGUAUCGUGAUACUUUAUUGCUGCAGAAGAUCUGUAGAAUAUUAAAGAGCUAUUACCUAUCAGCUCUUGAACUCAUUAGCAAGGGGGAUGGAGCUCCUGGACCUAUUAUUGAUGUUAAUAUUAAUCCGCGCUUGCAUCUAAGAGAAGCAAGGUCAAGAAUCGAGGAAGCACUGGGAUCUUGUCUGCUUCCUUCAUUGCAGUUGGUACCUGCAAAUCCUGCCAUUGGACAUGCAAUUUGGGAAGUGAUGAGUCUUCUUCCUUAUGAGGCAAGAUAUCGUCUCUAUGGUGAGUGGGAAAAGGAUGAUGAACGGAUACCUAUGAUUUUGGCAGCAAGACAAACAGCUAAGUUGGACACAAGGAGGAUCUUGAAACGGCUUGCAAAGGAAAAUCUAAAACAGCUUGGUCGUAUGGUUGCUAAGCUUGCUCAUGCCAAUCCCAUGACUGUUCUCCGAACAAUUGUUCAACAGAUUGAGGCCUACCGAGAUAUGAUCAUGCCAGUUGUGGACGCAUUUAAAUAUUUGACACAGUUGGAGUAUGAUGUCUUGGAAUAUGUUGUGAUAGAGAGACUGGCGCAAAGUGGUCGUGAAAAGCUGAAAGACGAUGGGCUUAACUUGUCAGAUUGGCUUCAAUCUCUGGCUUCAUUUUGGGGACAUCUAUGCAAGAAGUACCCUUCAAUGGAGCUGAGAGGUCUGUUUCAAUACCUUGUCAAUCAAUUGAAAAGGGGUAAAGGAAUUGAACUACUUCUACUGCAGGAGUUGAUACAACAAAUGGCAAAUGUUCAAUACACGGAAAACAUGACUGAGGAGCAGCUGGAUUCCAUGGCAGGUGGAGAGACUUUGCGAUAUCUAGCCACUUCUUAUGGCAUUAGCCGAAACAAUAAGGCACUAGUCAAAUCUACUAACCGACUGAGGGAUUCCUUAGUUCCAAAGGAAGAACCAAAGCUGGCUAUCCCUCUGUUGGUGCUAAUUGCACAGCACCGUUCUCUGGUUGUUACCAAUGCAGAUGCACCUUAUAUAAAAAUGCUUAGUGAGCAAUUUGACAGGUGCCAUGGGGUACUCCUUCAGUAUGUGGAUUUUCUUUGUAAUGCUGUCAGUCCAGUAACUGCAUAUGCACAACUAGUACCUACUCUUGAUGAUCUUGUUCAUCUAUACCAUCUUGAUCCAGAGGUUAUCUUCUUGAUCUAUCGACCAGUUAUGAGGCUUUUCAAGUGUAAACAUAGCUCUGUCUCUUGGCCUUUAUGUGAUCGUGAUGUGCCAAGUGAUGCUGGCGAACUGGUUUUGGAUCUUGGACCUCCACGCAAUCCAGUGAGGUGGUCUUUUCUUCUCGAUACAGUUAGAACUAUGUUGCCAGCUAAAGCAUGGAACAGCCUGUCUCCAGAUUUGUAUGCAACUUUCUGGGGUCUGACAUUAUAUGACCUUUAUGUUCCUCGGAGUCGCUAUGAAUCUGAGAUUGCAAAACAGCAUGCUUCCCUAAAGGCUCUGGAAGAGCUCUCUGAUAAUUCAGGCUCUGCAAUCGCCAAACGGAAGAAAGAUAAAGAAAGGAUUCAAGAGUCAUUGGAUCGUCUCACAAGUGAGCUCCAAAAACAUGAAGAGAAUGUCGCUUCUGUGCAAAGGAGGCUUGCAAAUGAAAAAGAUAAGUGGUUGAGCUCUUGUCCUGAUACAUUAAAGAUAAACAUGGAGUUUCUACAGCGAUGUAUUUUUCCACGCUGUAUUUUCAGCAUGCCAGAUGCUGUUUAUUGUGCAAAGUUUGUCCAUACUCUUCACUCCUUGGGCACACCUUUUUUCAACACAGUCAACCAUCUUGAUGUUUUAAUCUGCAAAACUUUACAUCCAAUGAUAUGCUGCUGUACUGACUAUGAGGCUGGUAGACUUGGCAGAUUUUUGUUUGAAACGCUAAAAAUUGCGUACCAUUGGAAGAGUGAUGAAUCAGUCUAUGAACGUGAAUGUGGUAACAUGCCUGGGUUUGCAGUUUAUUAUAGAUACCCCAAUAGUCAGCGGGUUACAUAUGGCCAGUUCAUUAAGGUGCAUUGGAAAUGGAGUCAAAGAAUCACCCGACUGUUGAUACAGUGCUUGGAAUCUGCAGAAUAUAUGGAAAUUCGAAAUGCACUCAUCGUGUUGACAAAAAUAACAAGUGUAUUUCCAGUUACUAGGAAAAGUGGAAUUAACAUUGAGAAACGAGUGGCAAAAAUUAAAGGUGAAGAGAGAGAAGAUUUGAAGGUUCUAGCCACUGGUGUUGCAGCUGCUUUAGCUGCUAGAAAGCCGUCAUGGGUUACUGAAGAUGAGUUUGGGAUGGGAUAUCUUGAACUGAAACCUGCACCGUCUGUCGCUCCAAAAUCUUCCACAGGUAAUGGUGCUUCUCAAAGUGAAACUACUGGGGGAAGAGUUUCCUCUGAAGCUCAGCCUUUGGAUUCAGGGAAUUCCCUGAAAGAUCAAGCAUUUCGAGUGAAGAUUGCAGAUGCCAAGUCAGAAAGACCUGAAAAUGUUUCAGGAAAUGCUAAAAAAGGUGGUUCAAUUGCAAAUGGGUCAGAUGUGCAGCCAACAGGAGCGCAGGUGGGAGUGUCACGAUCAGUAGAUAGUCAAAAGCAGGUAGAUGAGCCUUUAAACAAGACUGGGGAUGAAAACAAUGCCAAAAAAGUGUUAAAGUUAUCUACAGACAGUGAGCAAAAAACUGCUGCUAAACGUACCUCAGCUGGAGCUGGUUCAAAGCAACUUAAACAAGAGCUUAAAGAUGAGGCAAAGUCAGCCAAGGUUGGUAGCAGAACAGGUGGUGCUUCAGCAAGUGAUAGAGAUCAUGGAAGCCAUCUUAUAGAAGGCAGGCAAACUGGGCAAGCUGCUGUUUUGUCUGCAUCUGUUGUAAAUGGUAAUUCAGCUCCUUCAUCUAAAGGCUUGGCAUCUUCCACUAGAGUUGACUUAGAAGCUAGUGAAUUGAGGGGAGAAGUUGGAUCCACAAAACCCUCUAAUUUAAGGGGUUCUUUGAGGGAUGAUGGCACAGAUCAAUCUGAUUUUCCUCGGCCUUCACAUGCCCGUUCAGCUCACUCUCCGAAGCAUGAUACUGGUGGGAGGGCUGUAGAAAGACAACAAAAAAGAACUAGUCCUGCAGAAGAACCAGAUAGGCUACAUAAACGGAGGAAAGGUGAUUUUGAUGUGAGAGAUACGGAUGUUGAUCUUCGAUUAGCCGAUCGGGAGAAAAUAGUUGAGCAAAAAGUUAUCGACAAAUCCUACUCUUCAGAGUUGGAUAAGUCAGGGACUGAGGAAUCAGCUUUAGGUUGGGUUGCUGAUAAACAUGUUGAUAGGACAAAGGAGAAAAAUAGUGAAAAAUAUGAGAGGGACUACAGAGAUAGAUCCGAGCGCAGUGAUAAACUCCGGGGUGAUGAUAUUUCUGAAAAGGCGAGAGACAGAUCAAUGGAACGGUAUGGAAGAGAGCGCUCUGUUGACAAAGUACCAGAUCGAAGGAUUGAAAGGGGUUUUGAUGGCCUUAAUGACAAAAUCAGGGAUGAAAGAAGCAAGGAUGAUAGAGUUAAAUUGCGUUACAAUGAAGUAUCUGGUGAUAAAUCUCAUAAUGAUGAUCGGUUUCAUUGUCAGAAUUUGCCACCUCCACCCCCUUUACCACCUCAUGUGGUUCCACAAUCUGUAAAUGCUAAUCGAAGAGAUGAUGAUGCUGAAAGAAGAUUGCCAACCACUAGGCAUGCCCAAAGGCUUUCCCCUAAACAUGAUGAAAAAGAACGUAGACGGUCAGAGGAAAGCCUGUUGACUGUGCAAGAUGAUUCCAGGCGUAGAAGAGAAGACGAAUUCCGAGAUAGAAAGCGUGAAGAACGGGAGAUUUAUUCGAUGAAGGUAGAGGAGAGAGAAAGGGAGAAGGAGAAAGAAAGAGAACGGGACAGGGAUAGAGCAAACCUUUUGAAAGAGGAAAUUGAUUCAACUGCAGCCUCAAAAAGACGGAAACUUAAAAGGGAGCAUAUUCCUGGUGGGGAACCUGGUGAGUAUUCCCCUGUUGCUCCACCACCCCCAAUUUCCAUGGGCAUUGCACAGGCGUAUGAUGCCAGGGAAAGAGGAGAUCGAAAAGGUACAAUGGUUCAGCGUCCAGCAUACUUUGAGGAACCAGGUAUGAGGAUGCAUGUAAAAGAACCACCAAGCAAGAUGGUACGACGUGAUGUUGACCCAAUGUACGAACGUGAUUGGGAGGAUGAGAAAAGACUGAGAGCAGAAGCAAAACGCAGACACAGGAAAUGAUUUCAAGUGAUCAGAAUGCCUGUUUUCAGUGUGUUGCUGAUUGAGACCAAGUGGUCAUUAUUAUCGGAUCAUCUCCUGCGAUGUUAAGAAUUUGUCCAGUGUUUAAUUCUAGUAAGAAUCUUUAUCUUCAGUUUGACCCAAUGUAGGGAGAUCUCUUAUGUGAACAUUAUUGUAGCUGGAUCUUUUAGUUAAGUUGUUUGAGCAGUGUCCUGAUACUAACUACAAUUGUAACAUAGCGGGAUUUGGAAUUUCCCGAAAUUGAAGUUUAUGAAUGAUCAUGAUUUUGAUCAUUGAAAUUCAGCUAAUGGAGAUCAAGCAAAGCUGGAUUCUCUUGCCAUUGCUUGAGACUGCUGUGCUACUGCUUGUGUUAACCUCAAUAUUGCACAAGGGAAGAGGACAUACUCAGGAGGUAUGUCCUAUUUAAAAAUUAUGUUCUAUUAGAUUUUAAGUCCAAAUAAUUUGAAUAGAAAUAUGUUCCUGUUUUGUAUAUAUAUAUAUGUAUAUUCAACAACCGGCAAUUUUGAUAAUUUUUAUGGCUUAUCUUAUUGCCUCUA